CUGGUGGUUGAGGAGUGGGGUGAUGAUGCCACUGGCAGAAGCAGGCGCCCUGGCCCAAGGAGGAGGCCCUUCAGCAACGGAGUGGGCCUGCAUUCUGCGGAGGGUGCCUCCAGUUUGAGGGAGGAGAGAGGACACCCCCUCCACCCCAGACACGGGAAAGCAGUCCACCUGCGCACCAGGGACAGGACACGUGGCUGGGUGCAGACGCCUGACUGGAAGUCGCGGAGGAGCGCGGCGGCGGCGAGAGGAGACGCAGGUCACGCCCCCUUCCCGCCGCACGGGGCGCGCGCGCCGAGGAGCCCGGGACUGGUGACUCCCAGGGGACGGCGUCUGCGCCUUCCCCCGCGGGAGUCCCUUCUUCGCGGCCUCUGCCGCCCCCCGCGUCCCCUCCUGGGCUUCCGAGAGUCUAACUCAGCCGAGCCGGCAACGCUUCGCCUCCUACCACACACCCCGGGCGCGAGGAGAAAUGACAGGAUGGCAGGGGCACGGCUAAUGCGCUCUAAUUACCCACCGCCGCUAUCAUCCGCGGCUCUGGGCCAAAGCGCCCUAAUUAGGCCACUGGAACCCGCCCUUCGCCACCCCUCCCCCCACCUCGCGGCCCCCGGGACCACUGACUGCAGCCCUCUGGGACUGCCCCUCAGUCCCAAGAGAGCUACUAGGCCUGACUGGGGGACAGAACUUGGGGAGACCGAAGCCGGCCCCUCCACUCCCCUAAACUUACAGACCUCGACGGUCUCCGCAGGAAGAGACUGGGGAGGGGCCAGAGACCUAUUUCGUUGAAGUUAGCCUUCAGUGGGAGGAGUGGCAAAGGCACGCAGGGCAGCAGUACCCCCACUUGGCACUUAAGGCACGGAGAAGGGAAGGAAAGUCCGUCCAACCAGAACUUCCAGACCCGCUCAUUUAACAGUGGCCUUAUGAGCAGCACAUUGGGCUCCCUCCCCUGACAGGGAAAUUACCUUCCUGCCAAGAAAGGUGACAUCCCCACCACAGACACUGAGCCCCCGCCCGCUGGCCAGCUGUGGCUUACUGGUCAUAGGGGAGCUGGUGAGGAGUGGGGUGGCUCUGGCCUCCCAUGUCAGGUAGGGUGAGAGAGGCCCUGAAGAUAGAAGCCAGGCCUGUAGGCCAGAAUAAAAGGGGCAGCGUGGCCCUCAGCUCCUUCCCCAAAAUCAGGCUCAGAGCUCUCCUCUAUCAGGAAUUCUUUCCUGGGGUCCAGGAGGUUGCAGACUCAUGGCCCUAGGCCACGUUUAAUCUUCAGUGAGGUUUUGUUUGGCUUGCAAUGAGUACCGGGUUUUAGACUGAAUGUGAGAGCCUGCAGAUGGGUUCUCCAACUGCCCUCCCAGUGAAGCUGGACCUGAUUUAGAUCAGCCCACUGGGCUCGUGCCUUCACCCUUUUCCUCAGGGCCAGGAUCUCAGUCCCCAUGACUGCUGCCCCUUUGUGGUCUGUACGUUUCUUGGUAAGCAUACCCAGUCAAGUGUCUCUGGGAGCCCACUCUUUGUCAUCGUCAGGUUGCCCACAUGCAGUAGCCAUGGUGGCUGCACAUGCUCCCGGAUACCCCGCCACACUACCUUUUGUCAUAUUGAGUUUCAGUCCGACUUGGGUGGACUGUAUUUUCUCCAGCAGGGAUGGCAGCUCUUUUUCUGCCAUGAGACUAGAGCAUGCUUGAGAAGAGGAAAUUGGAUCUCUCCCUCCAGACUGGGAUUUCGUUAAGGGCUGGGGAAGGGGGGAAUAUGGGAGGAUUAUUCUCCAUCACAGGGAGCGCUCUGAAGUCAGGGCUGUGUCUCUGAUUCAAACUGAUGGUUCCCUGAGGACAAGGCUGUGUCUCCCCUCAGACUGGGGCUCCCUGAGGAUGGAGCUGGGUCUCCCCUCAGACUGGGGCUCCCUGAGGAUGGAGCUGGGUCUCCCCUCAGACUGGGGUUCCCUGAGGAUGGAGCUGGGUCUCCCCUCAGACUGGGGCCCCCUCUCCCCUCAGACUGGGUCUCCCCUCAGACUGGGGCCCCCUCUCCCCUCAGACUGGGUCUCCCCUCAGACUGGGGCCCCCUCUCCCCUCAGACUGGGUCUCCCCUCAGACUGGGGCCACCUCUCCCCUCAGACUGGGGCUCCCUGAGGAUGGAGCUGGGUCUCCCCUCAGACAGGGGUUCCCUGAGGAUGGAGCUGGGUCUCCUCAGACUGGGGAUCCGUGAGGACAGGGCUGUCUACCCGCUUCAGACUGGGGCCUCCCCCAAAGGACAGGGACUAGGUCUCCCCAAGAACAGGCUCUUUGUGUCUUUUGGACUGAGAUCUUUGAGUCUUCUCAGACUGAGAUCUUCAUGAGGACAGGGCUGUGUCUCCCCCGCAAUCUGGAGCUCUCUGAAGGCAAUGGCCUCUCCCCUCAAAUGGGCCGUUUGCACCCCACCCCACCCUCCAGCUCCCCAUGGUGCCCAGGCAUUCCUCCCAGGACACCAUUUGUCACGCUUUGAUGAAUGAACCUUACUAAGAAUAACUCAGUCCUUGUAGGUGCUAAAGGACAGGGGGAGGGAGAGGGAGGAGGCUGGUGAUUGUGGGGGUGCUGGGGGAGGAGGAACACACUCCAUUUAUUCAGUAGCAUUUCCUGGAUGCCCAGCUGGGCACUAGGGGAGACACAGUGAGUGCCACGGAGCCCCCUACUGUGCCAUUUCUGCUGCCGACAGCCAGGGCUGUCCCCUGAGACAGAAAGUUCAGGGCCCUGAUUCACAGCAUUCCCACCCCAGCAAUCAUUACCUCAGGGCCAGCCAACCCGCUCCAUGCUGAUCAUGAGCUCUCUCUGCUCCUCCCAUCAGUGGAGGGGAGACUUUGAAAUCAGGUGCUUGGGGUGGGGAAGCUGUUCCCACUGCGGGUAUGAGGAACCCAGAGGAUGAAUCCCUGUCCCCCCCACCCCCUACUCUGUUCUUCCUUACCCUGCCCCUUUCCACUCCAAAACCUCAAGCCUCUAGUUCAUAUUCAAGUGAUCUUUCCAAUGCAACUGUUCUCAGGGGGCCCCUUGGGAACUGUGAGGCUGUGACCUUAACCCACUUCUUUGGAUGGUGCCUUCCUGGCACUCAGUCCCCACCUGCCACCUCCUGAGAGGAACAUUUCGGUCUGUCUUGGCAAAAACAUCAGUCUAUGAUCCAGGCAGCCUGGUACAGUACCAGCUCUGCUACUGACACCACUGUGACCUUGAGAAGCCAUUUACAAUCUAUGGGCCUCAGUUUCUCCAUAAGUAAAAUGACUUUUGUUUAGGUUUCCUGAUUUUCAAAUCCUUUUUUUUUAAAACAAUGAAUCCUCUUGUUUGAAUUGUAA